GCAGUCACGUCUUCGUUGAGUUUGAGUCAUAACGUCAAAAAAAAUUGUUCUUUUGUAGUGCGGAUAAUUUUCUCUCUCGCAUUUUUCCUGUGUUUUUCCAUAAAAUAUUGCAUAUCAAUAGCUGUAAAUCGGUGAAAAAGGAUUUUGUGUAGUGGGUGGUGAAGUGGAAUUGUGUUUUUUCCUCAAGAGCAAGCUAAUAAAUCAGCUGAGAAAACGAGACGAUCCAGGGACAGUAUGACGAUUCCAUCGCGUCCGGCACCGGCUCCACCACAGCAACGUUCAUCGACAGGCUCACAAUUGCGAUACACACCCACAACAGACUGGGAUGACUCCCCAUUCGAUAUGGCAGCACACGGAGCGGCAGAAGUGAAUCAAGCUGGGGGUAUUGGGAAUGGCAGGAAGGUACCUCCACCACGACCACCUCCUCCAAAAGCCACAAAACCGCCAUUGAAGAAGAGCGGACAUCCUCAGUCUGUGAAUAUCCUGUCGAAUUUGUUUGGAGCUACGGGACGCAGGGCUAAGACGCCACCAACAAAAUCAACAGCUGGACCCCAUAUUGGGGCUCUAAAGUUACCACCGCCAAAGAUUCAUCCACCUCCGUCAACAACGAAUAAACAUUCAUCAGCAACUUGUAGCACUGACGUACAACUAAUUGACUUCAAUUCACCACCAAGUUCACCGACAUUCACCCAAAAAUCCAACAGUGAUUGCGUCAGUGUGGACAGUUUCAGCUCCGAUUCGAAUUAUUCACCCAACAAUGGGCACUCUUCGCAGGCUGAGAGUGGUUUUGAGGAUGAUUUCUCGGCAGUUGAUGUUCUCCAGAGCAAUAGGGAUGCCUGGAGGGACACCAUUGAUCCAUUCACCUCACCUCCUGUUUGUCAGAACUAUGUCGGACCGAAAAUUCGUCCUCCAGUGGCACAGAAACCCAAUUAUUUGGCCGGAUCUUCCUCCUUCUAUACCCAUAGUUCUACAACAAGUCAUUCAGGCAAAAAAUUCGAUGAUCCCCUUUGCAAUGGGAAGACCCUCGUGGCCCCAACUCCAGCCAUUACAGCACCAACAAUCAUCAAACCCGCCAUUGCUCCCAAACCCAGUGGACUAGCGGGAAAUAAUAAGUCCAGUGCCAGUGUUAUGAAAUUGAGGGAGGUCUUCCAAACGAAUCAGGAAGAUAGUCUCGAUGAUCCAUGUCCAUCGCCACCCAUGCCAACCUGUCCACCGCCUCCACCACCUCCAUCCAUCUAUCUCGAUGACUCUGAGGAAACUGAGAGCUACGGCAUAGCCCUGUACACAUUUGAAACGCAGGAAGUGGGUGACUUGAAUUUCAGAGAAAAUGAGAAAAUUUAUCUACUGAGACAAAUUGACGCCGAAUGGAUGUAUGGGAGGAAUAAGAGGGGCUGUGAAGGAAUGUUUCCGAUAAAUUUUAUUGAAAUUCGCGUGCCACUGAAGGAUGAGAAGCAGCAGAAACAUCACAUAAAUGGACUGGUUCAGAGUCAAAUUGCCACUUCGGUCAGAAGUUCUGCACGAAAGGCACGAGUUUUGUAUGAUUUUACGGCAGAAGUGCAAGAGGAUUUAACAAUAAGGGAAGGUGAAAUAAUCAACGUUCUUCGCGAAAUAAAUUCCGAGUGGCUCUUUGGCGAGAGCAAAAAUCGCACAGGUCAAUUUCCAGCAAACUUUGUCGAAUUUAUCUAAAAAAAAAAAGAAACGUGAAACUAAAUUUUGCCUUAAAACGUCUCUUUACACGAAGGAUUUUUUUUUUGCGGCUGAGGAAUAAAAAUGAAACAUCAGUGAAAUUGUCCUUAGGAUUAUAGUAGGAACUUUUUACAAUUUACAAUUGAUAAGAUAAUAUACUAGUAGGUUUAUUAAAGGGAUUUUUCCCAAAAAUUACAAUUAAUAAAAAAAUGAAACGAAAAGAUUUGUAAAGAAUUCAAAUGCGAUCAGAAUAUUUGAUGCGAUAGAGGAAAAUCUCUAAAAAAAAUUAUUGAACAACUUUCUAUGCAGUUUUAUUAAAAAUAAAAUAAGGAAUAAAGUGUAUUGAGUAUGCGAUGAUAAAAUAGUUAAUCUAAAUGUGAUUGAGAUCUGUUUCUGGAUAAAGUAUUGUUUUUUUUUGUGCGUCGGUGAGGAUGUCUUAUUAUUUUUUUUCUGUGUAAAUAUUGACUCUUUAUGGUAAUCCAAUCAAGGAAACAUAUUUAUUUGUAAAAUUAACUAUAAUCACAAGAAAGAAAACUGUAUUGAGGAAAAUACACACAGUCGGUUGAAAACCACAAAAA